AUGUCUUCGACUCCCGCGACGACGGAGUAUCAUACUCCCUCCAAAGCUACCUCUCACAUCGAAAUCGUGACAUGGAACGUUGACUUCAAGGGACAAGUCGCCGCUGCCGGUCGAGUGUCCUGCAUACUCGACCACCUCAGAGACGUCGUGCUCGAAAACGAGCUGCAGUCGGCUGUGAUCCUACUACAGGAACUGAAUCAGUUCAGCUUCGCCAGUGUUCUCGAGCACAGCUGGGUGCGAAAGCAUUUCGCCAUUACUCCUCCUGACACGAAGAGCUGGCCCUGGCCGCCUCGGUACGGCAUUUCCACACUUGUCUCGCGCCAGCUGCAGGUCGGAGUAGCCUACAACGAGAUGCUGCAUUUCCGCAAGACUGUCAUGGGCCGCACUGCGGUGUUCGUCGACGUGUCGCUGCAGCUGUCAGGCGAUGAACCUAACUACGCCAAACAAGUCAUCCGCAUCGCGAAUACUCACCUGGAGUCACUCUCGGACGAGGAGUACAUGCCGGAGUGGUGGGAGGCGACAUGA